CCAGUCCGUCCGUUUCUAACACCUGUUGCAGGAUCAUAUGCUGGAGCAACAUAUCCUCCAGCAGUAACACCAUAUCCUGCAGGAACAUAUGCCGCAUUUCCAGCAAAUGCUGUACCGACUGCUGCAAUGGUUUACACGCUGUUUUCAACACCAUCGCCUGUACAUCCUUUGGUUACGGCUAAACAUGUCCGCUCGGAAUUUCCAGAAACUUGGUUAUGGACAAGUCAACAUGUUGGGGAUUCCGGAAAUGCAACUAUUUCUUCUAAUGCCCCUGAUUCAAUAACGUCAUGGGUAGCUAGUGCUUUUUCUAUGAACAAGGGUGCAGGUAUUGGAGUGGCACAUUCCGCUUCAGAGUUGAAUGUUUUUAGACCUUUCUUCAUCAACAUCAAUCUGCCAUUUUCUGUCAUCCAUGGCGAGGAGGUAGUUUUACAAGUAAACGUCUUUAACUAUAUGACGGAAAAUCUUACGGUAUUAGUGACCCUUGAUCAGAACUCGGACUUUCAAAACAUAGUAGUUGACAACCUGGGAUAUACACAUUAUGAAUCCAUCACGAAGGCAACAAAUGUGCAGGUUCCCUCAGGUCAGUCAGAAUCGGUGUUUUUCCCGAUUAUUCCCAACGUCAUCGGCGAUAUCGAUAUAUCCGUCAAAGCGCAAUCCAUCAUUGCGGCAGAUGCAGUGAGAAGGAAACUGAAAGUAGAGGCAGAAGGAGUUCAGAAGGAAUACAAUGUUCCUUUGAUCAUUGACACGACCAACAAAAGCUCACAAUCUUUCAGUGUUCCUAUUGAGUUUCCCAGUUCACUGGUACAAGGGUCACAAAGAGUGCAGGUUUUAGCAAUUGGGGACUACAUGGGUCCAUCUGUCUCCGGUCUGGACAAACUUCUGACAUUACCCACUGGGUGCGGAGAGCAGACGAUGAUCGGUUUUGCCCCUGAUGUGUCUAUUUACAACUAUCUCCAUAAAACUGGACAACUUACAGAUCAGGUCAAAGAUAGAGCUCUCACAUUCAUGGAGAAAGGUUAUCAGAGAGAGCUCAAGUUUCAACAUACUGACGGAUCGUUUAGUGUUUGGGGAUCAGAAGACUACUCUGGCAGUACUUGGUUGACUGCUUUUGUUUUAAAAUCAUUUGCUCACGCGACGGCGUACGUUGACAUCAGCAGCGAUGUUUUGGAAAAAGCACAACGGUGGCUUAUUCAACGUCAGAACUACAGAAGCGGAUUCUUCACAGAAUACCAAGGAGUCAACUCCAUGUCCCUCCAGGGUGGAUCUCACAAGCAAAUAUCUUUGACUGCGUUUGUCACCAUUGCAUUGGCUGAGACUAAAGAUAUUGUCAGCAAUACACAGUUGGACAGUGUGUUGCUCAAAUCUAGAGGAUAUUUAGAACAACGUGCAGACUAUUUACGUGAUCCAUAUGAUAUAGCCAUUGUCUGUUAUGCUUUACAACUGACUGGAAGUCCCAAGGCUGCGGAAGUAAUUAAAAAACUAGAACCUAAACCUUCAUCAGGACCAAUUACAACGACGACUCCAAAACCUUCUUGCACAGAUUCGGCCGCGGACAUCGUAUUUGUUCUUGACUCCAGUGGAAGUAUCGGUUCAGGAAACUUUCAGAGAAUACUGACCUUCGUUCGUGACAUGUCCAGUUCAUUUGAUUUUGGCAAUGGAAAAACACAAAUGUCUGUCAUCACCUUCAGUUCAUCCGUUUACGAAGCAUUCCCCUUGAACGCGUACAGUAAUGCUAAGGUCAUAGGAGAUGCUGUUUCUAGAGUUCCUUACUAUGCUGGCGGUACAGACACAGCAGCUGCCCUUCGAUAUGUAAAGCAGAACAGCUUUAUCUCCUCAAAAGGAGCCAGGACAAAUUCUACCAAGAUUGUUAUUGUAAUCACCGACGGUCAGUCGAAUGAUGCGCGUGCGACUAAGGCAGCCGCUGAGGAGUUACGAGUUUCUGGAGUCACUACUUAUUCCAUUGGAGUUGGAAAUGGGAUUGGUGAACAAGAAUUGGAAAAUAUUGCGACAGACAUAAAUCAUGUAUUUAGAGUGUCUGAUUACAAUGCCUUGCAGCAGGUUCAGUUGUCGCUUGGCGUUGAAAAUUGUCAAGUGGUCGAUAUUAACUUACCUUGGGAAUCAUCUGGAAAGUCUCCCAAUAUUCUGUGGAACAGUCCAAACACUCGUGCAACACCGGUGGAUAUAGAAACAUCUGCGUACACCAUGCUUUACUACACAAAGAGUCAACAAUUUGUUCAGGCACAGAACAUUCUUAAAUGGACUCUCAAACAGAGAAAUGCUAAUGGAGGUUUUGCUUCGACACAGGAUACAGUUUUGGCCCUGCAAGCUUUAUCCGAAUUAGCCCAUUCCACUCCCGGCAUUUCAACUCAAAAUUUGAAUAUAAACGUGAAUACCCAUAAUGAAAGUCACACUUUCAACGUCAACGAAAGAAACAAAAUGGUUCUUCAAAAAUUUCAGCCCUCAGGUACACCACAAAUCGUAAAUGUGACAGGAAUUGGUCAGGGAGUAGCUUUAGUUCAGGUGGCUGUGAAUUACAAUAUCAAAGAACAAAUUGAGAGACCGGCCUUUGUGAUCAGUGUUACUAGCUUGUCAGAAACGAUGGAAACUAUAUCUACAAGGAUUUGUACAAGAUACAACAGUUCUAAUGCUGUUGAAAGCGGCAUGGCCAUUCUAGAAUACGGUGUUCCAUCAGGAUUCGAAGCCGACAUGGAAAGUAUUAGUUACCAUCCAGAUCUGAAAAAAUCGGAAGUAGAUGAGAGAAAUGUCGUUCUCUACUUUAAUAAGAUAACUCAAAACGAGGCUUGUAUCACAGUAAACGUAGAGAGAAGCACCAUGGUCGCCAACGUUAAACCCUCGCCUGUCCGUGUGUACGAGUACUACAAUCCAGAUAACCAAGUCACAACUUUCUAUACACCCUCCAUUUUGCAACAAACCAGCUACUGCGACGUAUGUCCUAACUGCGCAUGUGGAACACAGACGAAAUGAAAUGAUAGGUGGUGCCACUUACAUAUCCCAGUACUCAACUGAAAGGAUGUAUAUUAAGAUUAAAUUCAAAUUAAACAC